CACUGUCAAAUACAGUUAUCCCUGGAGGCACCUCUCACAGACCAGGAGAAGUGACUGAUGGUAGAUUAUGAUCUGUGCAUAGUGUGACUUGAUGCACUGGCUUCAAUUCUUUUUUCUGUCCAUCUUCCCUGUGUGCUUAUUCAGCAGUUUGGAUUAACUGUUUAGAUUAGGAAAGUGCAUUAUACAAAAAAAAUAAAAUAUAAAAAAAACAGUAUUUUCUGGAUAUUAGUUCUGCAGCGGUAGUGAGUCAAGGAGUUAAGCUAAUUCUGCAGUUCAGCACUCGGUACCUGUUGCAAGGACAGAGGUCUGGGAGGAGGAGCCAAGUUCUGUGAGACUUCGAUGGCACCGAGCCUACAUCCCACGUUAUUAUAGUUCUACACCACUUAGUUACAGAGUUGAGAUGCAGGAAGCAGGUGACACAGACACAGAAUGGAAGCCAGUUGCCAGGGAUAUCAGGACGCCAGACUACACAGUGAGGAAUAUCAGUCCCAGAAAGGAUUACAGGUUUAGGAUCCGUGCCCAAACAGAAAAUGGCGACGUCAGUGAACCAACUCCACCAAUACAAUUCUACAGAGCUCAUGUUCCGCUGCUUAAAGACAGUGAAAAUGCACUUGCCGAGUUCAAGCCUGUAGAGUACAAGGCAAUUUUCCUCAAACAUCCAUACUAUGAACAGCUCACCAAAUAUGUGCCACCAACCCUGCCGAUCCACAAGCCUGACAUGAUUAUCAUAGACCAAGAGACGGUAGAGUUGAGCUGGAGACCAGCUAUUGUUGCUGAGGCCAUCAGAGGGACGUGUAAUCUCUCUUAUACAAUAGAGGUACGGUGUCCCCCGAGUUUUGAAUGGCGACAAUUAGUGACAGGAUUAAAAGUUUGCAGUCACACAGUACAGAAGUUACACCCACGUAUAGACUAUAUUUUCCGAGUUCGAGCCUGGAAUGAGUAUGGUUGCUCGGACGCUGGCCUCCCUGUGUCCCUCUACAGACCUGCUGUGUAUAAGAUUGAAGGUGAGGACUUAGACGAUGAAGAGUUUGAGAGAGAAUGGGAACGUAAAUAUGGAACUAAAGAAUUUGAGCAGCACCUGCAAAAAGGUGAUAAGUUUGAAGUUAAUUUGCCACCAAAAUUGCCUAUUGACACACCAAGGAUCGUCACCCAGACCACGGACUCUAUUUGGUUCACCUGGCUCCCGGCUAGAAUUCCAGCUUAUGCAACACAAACCAACAUCAGCUAUGUCGUGGAAAUUAGGGAGCCGCCAUCAACAGCUUGGCAGCGGGAUGCAACAGACUUGGUAGACUGCCAGUAUGUGAAGGAAGGUUUGAAUCCCAACCAGGAGUACCACAUCAGAGUCCGGGCAGAGACAGAAUUUGGCCCAAGUGACGCAACAAUGCCCAUCAUCAUAAGAGGCAAAGGUUCAAGACCUGGUUCAAGGAGAUCCAGUGUAGAGAGAGAUGAGAGAAGUCUAGAAGACAAAAUUGAUCUGUCUUACCUUGACAAUGUUAUGGCAGGAGUUCCUCCAAGAAUGGCCUCAUCCAGACCACUGAGCUCCAGUGUUGGUCCAGACCGGCUCACCCUCACCUGGAGUCCAUGCAGAACUCCUUCCUAUGUCAAAGUAUCAAAUGUAACAUAUAUAAUUGAGAAGCGUGAGCCUCCAGGACAUGUCUGGACUGUACUGGCGAAGGACAUUACAGGACACAAGUUUGAGGUUACAGGUCUGAAUCCUGAACAGGAUUACAUGUUCAGAAUACGGGCCAGAAAUGAGUUUGGGCUUAGUGAUCCCACUCUUCCAAUGACACUCUUCAGGGAUAGAGAUGACUAUGUCCCACCAAGAGUAAGGAGUCGCUCAAGUUCUCGAGACAGUAUCUCUAUGCUUGUAUCCAAGGUGAUGAGGCGGAGCUCUUCCAUUGACUAUAACAUCCAACCAAUGGAAGAUGACAGGAGCUCACAGGAAAGAAUACCAUGUCAACCUCAAUAUAUAACUACUACCUAUGACACACAAUAUGGGGUGCUGGGUAAGAAGGGAAAGAUACAGCUUGAGGUACGUGGCUAUCCCCUUCCCACAGUACACUGGUACCAGGGCGAGGAGAAAAUUGAAUAUGGUGGUCGGUUCAAUGCUUUCGUCACCCCUAGUGGGGGAAUAACUCUUGAGAUCAAGAAUGUUGGAUUGGACACUAUAGGACAAUUUAAAUGUUAUGCAGAAAACGCCAGUGGUGCUGCAGUUAAAAUGGUCAAUUUCGAAUUAGCAGAGCCACCGACUGUCCUUGAAACCAUCAAGGAUGUUAGUAUAUUGAAAGGAGACUCAGCAACAUUGUCAUGUAGAGUCGAUGGAUUCCCAAGUCCGACUGUCAAAUGGAUGAAAGAUUGGCGUCCGCUGGCUGACUGUACCCGCACUAAAAUGGUUAACGUACCACCGGAGGCGUUCAACCUAGAGAUAGUGCAGCUUAUUGAGGAAGAUGAUGGACUGUAUGCCUGUACUGUAGAGAACAUCGCUGGUAAAGUGACAGUUACUGGACGUCUAAAGGUGGAAAUAGAUACUUUCCCAGAAUCUGAGAUCAGCAUCAAAUCUACACCAAUAGAAGAACACUACCACGUUCUGGAAGAGAUUGGAAGGGGCAGGUAUGGAGUUGUACGCAGGGUGGUUGAGAUAUCAACUGGUAGAACGUUUGCCGCUAACUUCAUGUCAAUGAGGAACAAGGCACAGAAAAACUUUUUCAUGAAUGAAUAUGAGGUGCUUCGCUCUGUCAGCAAGAUGGGUGGGGUACUGAAAUUGUAUGAUGCUUUCGAAACCGAGAGGAGCUUGAUCUUUGUCACUGAAAUUCUUUCUGAGCCCGAGUUACUGGAGAAAAUUAUCAGUGAUGGGACCUGGACAGAAGCUAAAGUAGCGGCUACCAUCAGAAGACUGUUGGCUAUACUUCAAGAACUUGCUCAGCUCAGUACUCUACAUCUAGAUAUCAAGCCUAGCAACAUAAGAAUGAGUGGUACCGACAUGGAUGACAUUAAGCUGAUUGGUUUUGGACUGUCUCGCACACUUCAAGCAGAGGAAGACAUCACACACAACUAUGGUAGUGUAGGGUAUGCCUCACCUGAACAAGUCACCAAUGAAAUAUUAACACGCAACACUGACAUGUGGUCUGUCGGAGUUCUUGCCUACCUACUACUGUCAGGAAAUGGACCAUUUACAGGGAGCAGUGAGAUAGAGAUCCUGAAAUACAUGUCUGAAUGCAGCUGGACUUUCGAGGGACGUGGUUUCGAAAAAUUCUCCAAGGAAGGAUUAGACUUCAUCAGCAAACUACUCGUUAAAGAUCCAAGCAAGCGAAUGACAGUUGAGGAAUGUCUCAGUCAUCCUUGGAUGUCAACCCAGAGUGAGACUAAAAUCAACACAGAACAACUUAAACAGUUCUACAAUGCCGAGAAACUUCAGAGACAGACAGAGAAGGUAUUUACAACAGUGCAGCUCCAGAGUUUCGCCAAAAUCAUACAUGGAGCAAAGGCCUUGUACCAACCAGCAGUGGAUGUAGAGUCAGGGGAGAUAAUCUUCCCCGACUGUGAUGAGUAUGGAGAUUACCUUGAUGAAGAUGCUUGGUAUGAAUGGCAGCUUCAGUACCUUGAUGACCCUGACAGUCAGAUUUUCCCUAUACAAGACAAGAAAUUCACUGUGAGAGAAUGUCGCCAUGCUGGAGCACCAAAAUACUCUACACCAAAACAGAAAGAAAGAUCAGACAAAGACAUAUUGGAUACUGGUACUGGAGUUCUUUUCCGAGACAAAAUCCAGCCAACAACAUUCCUGGUUGGAGAAGACGUUACUUUUACGGCCAAGGUGGUGUCAGAGACUGGGGAAAUACCUGUGGUCACAUGGUACAGAGAUGAACAGCUUCUUUCAGAUGAUUACAGAGCUGAUGCAUCCUUUAACCCAGAGACAGGGCUUGCCAAACUGAAGAUUGUGAAGAGCAAAGAUUAUGAUGCAGCAGUCUACAAGUGUGUGGCGAGAAUUAAAGAAGGACGUGUUUCUUGUGAAGCAAGGUUGCUCCUUGGAGAUGUAGCAAGCAAGCCUGGACGCCCACUGGUGACCCAGACAUCUGGUACAGAGGCUUUCUUGACAUGGGCUGGACCUGUAUCUGAUGGCAAUGCGUAUCUCCUUGGUUACAGAGUGGACUAUAGGAAAGAAGGUGAAAAGAAAUGGGUACAGGGUCCAUAUGUAACAGAGGAAUAUGCCUUACUGACUGGACUGGAACCUGAUUCUAAAUAUGUGUUUAGAGUGUCUGUUCACAACAAAUAUGGAGCCAGUCCAUUUAGUUGGUCGUCAUUGGAAACAAAGACACUUGGCAAAGAUGCACCAAAAGUGUCAGUGGCUGCAGACCUUCAACCAUUGAUGCAGUUUUCAACAUUUGACAAGCAGCAGUUGAUUCUGCCAGCGGAAAGCAGACGUCCCUCACUCACUGUAGCUGAAGAGCCAAAAAUAAAUGAAAGUGAUCCAAACGAGAACUUCACAUUUGCUGAUACCAUUUCUAAGGGCAGUUUUGGAGAAUACAAACUCUGCACUAACAAAUCAACCAACCAGCAAUGUGUUACAAAGAUUGUGGCUUAUAAUAAAGACAAACAUGCAGACAUUACUGCCGAGUUUGAGCUGCUUCACACGUUACGCCAGUCCAACCUAGUUACAGUACUUGACAGUUACAUAAGUGGUGAACAAUUCUAUGUGAUUUAUGAAUUCCUCUCGGGAAUUAACAUCGUGCAAUACCUCUGUCUACAUAAGACGUACAAGGAAGAAACAGUGACAAGACUGGUGCGGCAGGUGCUUGACGCUCUUCAAUACCUAGAACAUUUCGGAAUCGUACACCUAAAUCUUCAACCAAGCAGCAUGGUCAUGGCAACAAGGAGAAGACCUCACGUGAAGUUACGUGAUUUCACGCUCGCACAAAAGGUCGAAAAUGAUAAAGGAAUUAAAGUUCCGCUAGCUGGCUAUCCUGAUUAUACACCCCCAGAAAUACUCAAGGGAGACAAUGUGACAUUUACUGCUGAUCUGUGGACUUUAGGAGCUUUAACCUUCACAUUAUUGAGUGGUAUUAUUCCAUUCAGUGGUAAGAACCUGGAAGAGACGCUGAGCCAUAUUCUGUUUGACAGAUACAGCACAAAAGAAAUGUAUGACAAUGUCACUACAGAAAGUGUGAAAUUUGUUGGGAAAUUAUUAAGCAGGCUCCCAAGGAAUCGACCUACUGUCACAAAAUGUCUCAAUUCUUCCUGGCUCAAUCUGAGUGAAAGCAUGGUCAGUGCAAGAAAUUCCAAAAUGUUCAAAUCAGAGAAACUGAGGGCAUUUUCUGUGGACUAUCUCACCAAGAGAUCAGACAUCAACUACAGUCUCGCUUUGGUCGAUAUUGAAAAGCUGCCAAAGAUUACAUCAGGACCCUUGGUUCAACCAAUACUUAGCAACAAAAUUACAAACAGGCUUGAAAAUUUAACUAAAACGAAGAAACAGCCAGAAGACCUGGCUGAAUCUCUAAAACUUGAAGUUUCCAAUUUACCUGAACAACCUCUUCUAGAGAAAAUUGUAAGUAAAAUUGAAAAAGAUACUGAAGUGAAGGAAAAUGCUGAAAAAGCAGCAGCUGAAUAUCAGAAAGUGGAGACAAAAGAAAAUGCAUCAAAAACUAAAGAAGCACAAACAGUUACUGAAGUGGAAGAAGCAAAGAUGACGGUAACAGAAACUGAUGGUGAACAAAUAGAAACAAAGGGUUUAGACAGUGGAAAAAUAGAAGAAGUUGUUGAAUACCAAAAGGUGAAGAUAGAAGAAACGCCAGUAAAUAAUUCUUUUGCUGUUGAAGAGAAAGUAGAGGGAACUGAAGCUGCUACGAAGAUUGAGAAGACAAAGAUAAUAGACGCGGAGGGUAAGGGAAUAGAGAAGGAACAUACAGAAGCAAAGCCAGUUGACACUGGAGUUGAAGAGGAGACGAAGAUUGAAGAAACAAAACUUGUCAAUGAAGAGUUAAAAACAGAAGGUACUGAAAUUAAGAAGGAAAGUGUAGAAACGGCAGUAAUUGAAAAGGAAAUGGUGAAAUCGAUUGAUACUGAAAUGAAAAAAGCAGGUGAAGUUACUGACCCUGAAGUGAAAGAAAGUAUGAACUUAGCAGAAGCAACUGAGGCAAAACAAAAGGCAGAUAUUUCCAUUGUAAAAGAAACUGAAAAUAAAAAGGAAACAAAGGAUAUUGACAAGAAAGCAGGUGAAGUUGCUGACUCUGAUGUGAAAGAAAGUAUAAACUUAGCAGAAGCAACUGAGGCAAAACAAAAGGCAGAUAUUUCCAUUGUAAAAGAAACUGAAAAUAAAAAGGAAAUAAAGGAUAUUGACAAGAAAGCAGGUGAAGUUACUGACUCUGAAGUGAAAGAAAGUAUAAACUUAGCAGAAGCAACUGAGGCAAAACAAAAGGCAGAUAUUUCCAUUGUAAAAGAAACUGAAAAUAAAAAGGAAAUAAAGGAUAUUGACAAGAAAGCAGGUGAAGUUACUGACUCUGAAGUGAAAGAAAGUAUAAACUUAGCAGAAGCCACUGAGGCAAAACAAAAGGCAGAUAUUUCCAUUGUAAAAGAAACUGAAAAUAAAAAGGAAACAAAGGAUAUUGACAAGAAAGCAGGUGAAGUUACUGACUCUGAAUUUAAAGAAAGUAUAGACUUAGCAGAAGCAACUGAGGCAAAACAAAAGGCAGAUAUUUCCAUUGUAAAAGAAACUGAAAAUAAAAAGGAAACAAAGGAUAUUGACAUAAAUAUUUUGCAAAAUGAACAAGACAAAGAAUUGAUAAGAACAGAUAAGAUUAAAGACAAGAACAUUGAAAAUAAGGACAAUUUUGUGGAUGCAAAGGUAUCACAGGAAGAAGGUGUUGUUCAAAACACUGAAACUGAAGAGAAAGUGUUAAAAGCUGAUGAAGAUAAAAUUGGGAACGAAACAGAUGAAACUGUUGGAAACGACAAGGAAAUUGAGAGUAAGGUUGAGAGGACGGAAGCUGAAGGUGAGGAAAAAUGGCAUGAUGCAGUUGCAGAAAUAGUAGUAGAUAGCAAAAAUGAAAAAAUAACAGAUUCGAAAGAGAAAGAAGAAGAAAUGAAAUUCGAAGACAUCAAGGUUGAAAAAGAAGAAGGGUUGUCUAUUUCUGCAGACAACGAAAUUAAGGAUAAAACACGAGAAGAGGAAUUAAUGGAAACGCUUGAACAGACCAAACCACAAGAACCAGAUGUGAAAGAGAAGUUACCUGAAUCUUUGAAACAAGCCGUAGAAACUGAAAUAAUUAAACAAAAUGUUGAAACACCUGACCAGAACGAGAAAUCAGAGGAAGGCACUGAAGAUAGUGGAAAGGAAAAAAUAAUGGAAACAUAUGAAGUAUCUCAUGCAGCUGAACAAACAGUAACUCAUGAGGAACAUGAAGAGCAUGAAACAAAGUCGUCAAUGUCAGACAAACAAGAAGAUUCCACUGAUGGAAAAGAAACAGCAGAACAGUUGCAAAACACAGAGGGCUCUGACCAAAAGAAAGAGAUUGAAAGCGUUGAGAAAGCUGAAGUGCAAGUUAAAGAGAUAUUGAAUGAAGCAUCUCAGGAGGCUAGUAACAAUGAAACUUUAAACCAAAUAUCAGAUGCCGAAGUUUCCAAAGGAGAGCAUAAGGAGCUUGAAGAGAUCAGUGAAAAGUUAGAAAGUGUAGAAUCUAAUGUUGUUCAGCAAAAAGAAAUAAAAGAAGUUGUUGAAGAGAAACUUGAAAGUGUAAAAAUAGACAAGAAAGAAAUUACUCUUUUAAAAAAUGAAAACACAGAGUCUGAAACUAUAAAAGAGAUUGCUGUAAGUGAAAAAACUGAAUCCACUAAAAUGAUAAGUGAAUUGGCUGAAACUACCGCUGAAGAAAUAAAAAAUGCUGCCUUAGAGGAAGUAGCAACUAUUUUAAAAGCUUCUGAAGAAUCUGAGCAAACAGGUAUACAACUGCAGAAAGAAGAAGAAACAGACCAGGCUGCAGUUGAUGAGGAGGCAAUUACUGCUGAACUGAAGGAGUCAAGUAAAGAGGCAGCCUUAAACAAAACUGAAGUUGAUGUUGAGAUAGAAAAAGUAGCAGUAGUGGCUGAUAAAAUGGAAAAAUCCAGUGCAGAGAUGAAAUCAGGAACUGCAGAAACUGUUAAAGAUGAGAUUAAAACAGAAAAUAUAUUAGAUGGAAAUGCAUCUAUUGAAAAGACUAAACAAGAUAAAAAGGAGCAUUCUGAUAAAACAGAAGCAUUAGUGAUUGAGCAGAAAGAAAUUUCAGACGAGCAAAGAAAAGAAACUGUUAACAAAGAUAGUGAAUCAGUAGUUGACACUACAGACUCUGUGGUAGAGACCAAGACAGAAAAAUCUGACAUUAAAAGUUGUGAUAAUGUAAAUGUUGAAAAUGAAAUGAAAACAGAAAGUGUAGAAAAAAUGAAUGAUUCUUUACAAGAUAAAAUAAAAUCUGAUACGGAUGUAAAGUUAGAGGAAGAAUAUAAAAUAAAGGAAGGAAAGACUGGAAUUGAAGAUGCAGUAUCUGAUGUAAAAAAUGACAAAGAAAAGGAAAGUACAAAAAUAGCCAUUUCAGAGAAAGAAUCACUGAUUGAAGCAGCUUCAGAGAAACUGUCCGAAGUUGUGGAGUCAGCCUCUACAGAUAUCAAAGAAAAGUCUGUUUCCUCAGUGACGGAAGAGGGCACUGAAGCGGUUUCAGCUAAAAGUGAAAUAAAUGAAUCUGUUGUUGCUGAGUCCAUAAUUGCAGAACAAGAAUCAUCUAUUGAAAACAUUUCAACGUCCGUGGAUAAGGAAUCAAUAUCUGAGUCAAAAUUGAAACUGGCGGAUGCUGAAGUGAAAGAGUCAGUAGAAAACCAGGUAACUGAAUCCACCAGCCUAACGGCAACAGAUGAAACUGCAACUGUUACAAGUACGUCAGUGAAAGAGGAGACUCUUUCAGCUUCUGUUUCAGAGCAGGUUGAUGGUGUUACCACUGAAACAGUUUCAGUAAUACAAAAACAUGAAACACUUACUGGAGGAGAAACUCUAGAAGGCAUUGAAAAUGUAACCACUACGACGUCUUCAACGGAGGAACAUGUCCAGAAAUCGUCGAGUGUUGUCGAACGUUCUGAGUCAGGUACAGUAACUGUUACUCAGAAGCGUGAAACUCUUACAACAGGUGGAGAAACUUCAGAAAGCGUUGAAAGUAUAAGCACUGUAACUACCGCAAAAGAAGAGUCUAUUCAAGAGUCUACUAGUGUUUUGGAAAGUGCUGAAUCAAAAGAAGUAUCAAAGGAGCAGAGACAAGAGACUUUAAUAUCUGGAAGUAUGGAGUCCAACAUAAAGGAGAAUAUAGAAAUGGUUUCGACUUCCUUGAUAGAAGAAUCUCUUGUUGAAUCUGCUAUUUCUAGCAGCCUUGAGACAGCAAAGGUUACUGAAUCGAGAGAAACGAUUAGGGAAUUUAUGACAAAUGAUCUAGAAAUUGAAGAAAUGAAAAAAGAACUCUUGGAGGAUUUGGAAAUUUCCUCUGCUGAUUGUGGAAAAUAUCUGAUGGGUUCACAUGAAGAUAUAUCAUCUAUUAAAGAGAAAAUUGAAAAGAAACCUGAUGAAGAGGAGAUUGAGAAAGAAACAACCAACAGAUAUAUAGAUGAUGCCUUGAUGUUCUGUUAACGUUUUUGGAGCAUUUUAAAAUAAUUAACUGUAACGGCGUCAUUUGUGUGUAACUGAAUGUGGAUGCUACGGGAAUACAUGAUGAUGUCAGAAAUGUGUUUUUCUGUCGGAAGUUUAUACAUUUUUUUCUUAGUAUGUACCAUGUGAUGAUUUUUAGAACUGUGAAUGGAUUAUUUAUCAUUCAAGACAUGGUAUAUCCAUGUGACAGUGAGGAGACAAUGGGUGAGCUUCACUAAUAUAGUCUGUUUCUCGAUUUUGUUUCACAUUUCUCUUUGGACGAGACUCCUACCAUAGCGGGUUUGUAGUCAUUGGGAAAAGUCUACAAAUAUCUUAUUUGUUCACGCAGUAUAUUUGUCAAUCAGAAAUAUGACAGGAUAUAAAAUGAUAUGUAAGUGAAAUGGACAGAUGGACAGACUGGAUCCAAGCUUGCAACAGAAUCGGGAACCAGACAAACAGUGGACUGGUUUUGCAGUUUUCAGCGAAGUUCACCAAGUGGUACAAUAGAAGUGCAAUACACAUGAAAUGUGCAAUAACAUGUUCCUAUUUUCUUAAAAAAUGUGAACAGUGGCCUCGAAGACCUUAUUAGAAUAUGAUCUGGUGUUUUGUUAUGCAAGCAAAAAGAAAUUGACAUACACAUCUUUCUAUCUCUAAAAUUGUUUAUAAUCAAGUUUUAAUCAAUGUUUUGGCGUACAGGCUUGACUGGAAUAUAUUGAACGUCAAAGCACACAAAAUCUUUCUUUCAUGAUAAUAUGAGUUUUAAAGCUCUAAAGAUCUGCUUCAGUAUUGUAAACAACCUUUUUAUCUUUCCUAUAAUUGAAAGUGGUGGUGGGCCAGUGUAAAAAUAUCAUUUGGUUUUUAAAUGUUAACAACAAUUUUUGAGGCCAGAUCAGAUUGUUUCUUAUGUAAAUAUGCCCUUUUUGUAUUUAACACUAUACCUAUAUUUAUCAACAUACUAUUAUUAUUUAUAAAACUAGAACAUAUUUUAUGCCUACAUAAAUGUAGUUUAAGUGAUAUUUAUACACAUGCACCAAUAUGUAACCUAAAUGUUAUAUAAGGCAAGAAAAAGAGUCCUUUUACUUGAUAGUGGUUUGAACAUUUUUGAAGAGUUUUUGAGACUGAUCUUAAUCAGUGAGGUGUAAUUUUAUUAAUGGUAUGUAUAUAUGUGUUUCUUUUCUUUUGAUUGUUUAGAAAGAACGUUUUAUUUAGAGUGUGUUUUGACUACAUCCGCAAUAUACCCCUAGGUGUGUGUAAAUGUACUUUUGUAUUCCAUAUUUAAACGCACUCAGUUACACAAUUUGUUGUUCUCUGGCACCGUUUUUAUGCAAUAGUAGUGCGGAAUUGUUUUUUCCCCUGCACCGUUUUAUUAUAUGGAACUGUAGGUGAAAGCAAUACCUUGUUAAAUAUUGCUUGAAGUUUUAUAUUAUGUUAUUUAUUGUUUUCAAAAAAAGGAACAAAAAUGAAUUAGAGACAAUUCUUUUUCAUCCGAAGUCCGAAAGAACCCACUGAGGUGCUACCAAUGAACGACGGCUGACUUCAGCUAUGCGAGAUAUAAUGCUUAAAUAAAAUGAAUCUGUUUAUUUUCAAACAAGUAUAUUAUAUAGCUGUGGACAUCGCUUCUAUGCCGCUACAAACGUAUUUGCUGAAAAUUGAAAGUAUUUUGGUCUAAAACAACAAAAUAUAUAAUUAUCUUUCAAGGUAUGCAUUUAUAUACCUAUGUUUGUUUUAUUUAGAGUCUUCGUCCUGUUAACAAUAAAAAUCACAUCUUACAAUAAUAAACCUAUUAUUUUUAGAAA